AUGAACAACUCGCAGUUCCGACGGCUGCUUGUCGACAUCCCCAAGACGCGAGAUGGAGACAAGCAAAAGUCUCCAACUGCGCCAACGCCGAGGGCGGUGCUGGGUGCACGCAAACACUCGAGCAUCCCCAUGACGCCUCGCCAGGUUGGAAGAGGCUCGGUGCAGGCCGACUUCGCCCGCCAGCUCGCCGAGCGCAACGCCAAAAACAACCCUCAGAAGAAGGCCACAUCUUCUGCGCCCAAGGGCACCAAGCUUGCUGCAGGAUACACGGAUCGCACCAAGACGCGCGACGACGAUGAAGACAACGAUAUCGCAAAACGUAUAAAGAACCUCGAGGAGUCCAUGAAGCUUGGGCAAAUCGACCGCGAGACGUUUGAGAAGCUGGUACAGGACAUUACUGGCGGUGAUGUUGGCACUACGCAUCUAGUCAAGGGCCUCGACAGAAAACUGCUCGAAAGAGUGCGACGUGGCGAGGAUGUUCUAGGAGGCCAGGACAAGAAAGUACAAGAAGAGGAACAAGACGCCGAUGAGGCACCAGAUGUCGAGGACGCCUUCGACGAGCUAGCCGAAGCUGAGAUUGGUCCUGUUGUGCGCGAAAGGGUAGAGAAAAAGGGCGAAAAGAUAUCUUCGCCGCCUCCAGUCGCAGGCGUCAAGCGGAGUCGUAACGACAUCCUAAAGGAGCUCAAGAGACAGCGAGAGGAAGCUGCUGCGGCAGCGGCAGCCGAGCACGAGAAAAAGUUCCCCACUCUAGGGCCUGGGUUCCGCAAGAUAAAUGCAAAAGGCGAGACAUCACGCAUCGAGACGGACGAAAAGGGACGCGAGGUACUCAUCAUCACCGGCCCAGACGGCAAAGAGAAAAGGAAGGUCAAGAAGCAGAAAACAGAACCCCAACCUACACCUCAAGUGCGCCAUGAUUUGGACGACGAGAAGAAGCCCAUCAACAUGCACAAUCUCCCCGUACCCAAGAAAGACGAGUCAGAAGACGAGGAUAUAUUUGAAGGAGUUGGUUCCAACUACAACCCAUUGGCUGAUCUGGACGACGGGGACGACUCCGACGAAGCAAUAGCAGACCCACAAUCUUCCGUUCCGAAGGCAGACAACGGCGGACAAUUAUCAGAAGGCGAGGUGUCUUCUAGUGAAACAGAAACGAAUAACCAGAAAUCGUCCAAAGACGCCGUGUCUGGCGCGCCUUCGAAACGAGACUACUUCAAGUCAGUGGCCCGUAGUACUGAUGCCAGCCAAGGCUCCAAUGUUGCUGCUGCCGAUGCAACUGUACGCGCUGCUCUUGCAAAGGUGCGAAACCUGGAUGAGAACUCCACGCUGCUGCAGAACCUGGGAUCGUCAGAUCCCAGCGAUCCCGCAGCAAAGGAGGCACGUCUCAAAAAGCGUGCUGCCGAGCUAGCUGCUUCUGACCGCGAUAUGGAGGACAUGGAUAUGGGCUUUGGCGCGUCACGCUUUGAUGAUGCUGAAGACAUGGAGAGAGAAGGCGAAAAGAUCAAAUUUAGCCAAUGGAAAGGGCUCGGUGCAGAGGGCGAGGAAGACGAGGGCGAAGAUGGCACAAGAGGCCCAAGGAAGCAACGUAAGCGUGGGGGCAAGAAGAAAAAAGGUGACAAGAACAAUGCUGAUGAUGUACUGAAUGUCAUGGAGAGACAAAAGGAGAGUAAGUCCAAGACACUGGGCUGA